CACCUUGCAAUAUUUCUCCAUGAAAUCUGCCUCCAACCUCACCAAGACAUUAGUCUCUCUCUCAUAUUCUCCUCCUUUUACUUAGUUCCCAUCCGCCUUUCUUUACCCAACAUAAACACACACUGAAAAAAACACACAUGUACGUAUUAAUGGCCCAAACAAGCACUUUCUUCUCACCCUUUUCCAUCUUCUUCCUCGUUAUUACCGUUAUUGUCUGCUUCUUACCUAACUCUUCAGUCUCAGCCUCCACGGACUCCUUCCUCUACGGUGGGUGUACCCAGCAGCAGUUCACUCCCAACUCCGCCUACGAGUCGAACCUUGACUCGCUACUCACCUCCCUCGUCAACUCGGCCACUUACUCCGCCUAUAACAACUUCACCAUCAUCGGCUCUAGCGCCCCGGACGUCGUCUACGGCCUCUACCAAUGCCGCGGCGACCUCUCCAUGCCCGACUGCGCCUCCUGCGUCGCCCGUGCAGUCACUCGUGCCGGCGUUCUCUGCGAGCAGCGUUGCGGCGGGGCCGUUCAGCUCGAGGGCUGCUACGUCAAGUACGACAACGUCACGUUCUUAGGCGUGGAGGACAAGACGGUGGUGCUGAAGAAAUGCGGGCCCUCCGUCGGGUACAACUCGGACGCCAUGUCGAGCAGGGACGCGGUCCUCACGGGUCUGGCGGGUUCGAGCGGUCCGUUCCGGCUGGGGGGAUCGGGUAAGGUCCGUGGCAUGGCCCAGUGUACGGGGGAUCUGAGCUCCGGGGAGUGUCAGGAUUGCCUUGGAGAGGCGAUCGGACGGCUGAGAAGCGAUUGUGGGACAGCGGAUUACGGGGACAUGUUCUUCGCCAAGUGCUACGCGAGAUACUCCACCGGUGGGUCCCACGGGUACUCCAAGGCCCAUGAGAAAUCGAAUGAAGAAGGAGAGAAGACAUUUGCAAUAAUCAUAGGAUUAUUAGCAGGAGUGGCCAUUCUUAUUAUCUUCCUCGCUUUCUUGAGGAAGCUCUGUGAAGAUCGUGGUAAGUAAGAAUAAAGAAACAAUCAAAGAUUGUUGAAGUGCCCAACUAUCAGCCUCUGUCCUCCAUUAGAGCUUGCUUUUGGUGGCUCCUUUUCUUUUUUUAAAUUACCUUUGUCAAUUUUUUUAUUUAAAAAAUAUGUGUUCAAAAGAGGGAUUGAAGAGAUCAUGGAGGCACUUGUUGAAAUGAAUGCGAAGAAGGAAGAAAAGUGAAAGGGAGAGAUCAAAAGAUUCUAUGAUUUGCUCUCCCUUCGCUUUUAACAAAGCGGUGUGUUAUCUUUGUGCAUUAUAUGAUAUUACAGUAAUAUUCUUUAAUUGUAAAGCUGCAUGAAGCUUAUAUUAUAAAGUCAUAAUAAUAUUCUCCCUCUAUCGUGUAUCAUUGGUAUAUGCACCUCUCCUCAACUUUUCUGGGACACUGAAUUUUCAUAUGAUUCUGCUUUUGCUUUCUAAACACAACUUUAUCUAAAGCUUCUUUCUUUCGUUCUUUUCAGAAAAAACUAUUUUUCUAGUUUUUCAUCCAACCUAAAUGCGAGGUUGUGAAUUAAUGAUAUAAUUUUAUAUGAUAUCAAAUUAA